AUGACAGCUGCAAGAUCAUCCAUUAUGAAUUGUGGAAUGAAUGAACACACUAGGUUGAAUAAAAAUCAACUCAAAUGCAAAAUUCGAUUUUACCCAACAUUAAAAUUUUUAUCUAAUAUUUAUCCAACAUUCGAAUCAAAAUGUUGGAUAAGAUGUUGGAUACAUUUUGCUCAGGCCCUAGCGGAUGCACGCUUGCAAAUAAUAAAACUGCAUUUUAAAGUUUAUCAUCCCACAACUAUUAUCGUUACGUCUUGUUUUUAUCGCUAUUAUCAUUACUUCUUGUUCUAUCGCUAUUAUCGUUACUUCUUGUUUUUAUCGCUAUUAUUGUUACUUUUUGUUUUUAUCGCUAUUAUCGUUACUUCUUGUUUUAUCGCUAUUAUCGUUACUUCUCGUUUUUAUCGCUAUUAUCGUUACGUCUUGUUUUUAUCGCUAUUAUCGUUACGUCUUGUUUUAUCGCUAUUAUCGUUACGUUUUGUUUUUAUCGCUAUUAUCGUUACGUCUUGUUUUUAUCGCUAUUAUCCUUACGUUUUGUUUUUAUCGCUACUAUCGUUACUUCUUGUUUUUAUCGCUACUAUCGUUACUUCUUGUUUUAUCGCUAUUAUUGUUACUUUUUGUUUUUAUCCCUAUUAUCGUUACGUCUUGUUUUUAUCGCUACUAUCGUUACUUCUUGUUUUUAUCGCUACUAUUGUUAUGUUUUGUUUUUAUCGCUAUUAUCGUUACUUCUUGUUUUUAUCACUAUUAUCGUUACUUCUUGUUUUUAUCACUAUCAUCGUUACUUCUUGUUUUUAUCGCUACUAUCGUUACUUCUUGUUUUUAUCGCUACUAUCGUUACUUCUUGUUUUUUAUCGCUACUAUCGUUACUUCUUGUUUUUAUCGCUACUAUCGUUACUUCUUGUUUUAUCGCUAUUAUCGUUACGUUUUGUUUUUAUCGCUACUAUCGUUACUUCUUGUUUUUAUCGCUAUUAUCGUUACUUCUUGUUUUUAUCGCUAUUAUCGUUACGUUUUGUUUUUAUCGCCAUUAUCGUUACUUCUUGUUUUUAUCGCUACUAUCGUUACUUCUUGUUUUUAUCGCUACUAUCGUUACUUCUUGUUUUAUCGCUAUUAUCAUCACUUUUUGUUUUAUUUUUUUACGUGACGAUAACACCAGGUAUUUUGGCGUUAUUUACUAUAUUUAUGAAAAUAAGGAAACCCUAA